AAAGUAAUUACAUUUCUUUACCCUACACAGACACAUACACACACAAACAUUAAAAAAUUCAUUGAUCUGCUCUGCAUUUUAAAGUGUUCUAGUUAUAAGUGUUACCAUGGAAGAAGGCGGUAGCAAACUUAAGGCUGGCAAGAGCUUGCAAUCUUGUUGCAAGUAUCACUGGUUGGGUAAAGUGACAUUUUUAAUACCAAUCGCUCUAUUACCAUUGCUAAUCCAUGGCUAUAUAGAUAAUUCGCCGGAAUUCAAGUGCUUGUACUUAGUCUGCAAUAUGGCUUUAUUUUGGAUAACUGAAGCCAUACCUCUAUAUCUAACGUCAUUAUUUCCUGUGAUAUUUUUGCCACUGUUUGGUAUUUUGAGCUCUGACCAAGUUUGCCGCUUGUUCUUCUCCGACACUGUGGUCAUGUUUCUGGGCGGUCUACUGAUUGCUUUGGCUAUAGAAUAUUGUAAUCUACAUCAGCGCAUAGCACUUCGAACAAUAUUAGUUGUGGGUUGUAGUCCAAGGCGUCUUCACUUUGGCUUGGUCAUGGUAACUUGUUUCAUAUCACUUUGGAUCUCAAAUUCAGCCGCCACAGCCAUGAUGUGUCCCAUUGUAAAGGCUGUACUCAAUGAAAUGAAUUCGCAAAAUAUUUUUCAAGUAUAUAUGACACAAGAGGAGGAACCCAUGGAGGAGGGCGAUCCACCGCAUCCUUCAAUUAUAUCCUUGGCCUUCUAUUUUGGUAUUGCUUACGCCUCAACCAUCGGCGGUUGUGGUACUCUGAUUGGCACUGGUACAAAUCUCACCUUUAAGGGUCUAUAUGAUACACGCUUUCCUCAGUCUAAGGAGAAAAUUGAUUUUCCCAUAUUUAUGGCCUAUUCGUUUCCCAUUGUCGUGCUGGUCAAUAUUCUCUUAGUCUAUCUUAGUUUGCAGGUUACCCAUAUGGGUCUAUUUCGGCCUAACAGUAAGGUAGGCCAAGAGGUUAAACGUGGAGCUCAAGGCCAAAAUGUGGUCAAGGAUAUGAUUAAGGAGCGUCAUAAGGAAUUGGGACCAAUGACGUGCCAUGAGAUACAAGUUGCCAUAAUGUUCUUUCUAAUGGUUGUGCUGUUAUUCACACGACAACCUGGAUUUGUUUCUGGCUGGGGAGAUUUAUUGAAUGCCAAACAAAUAGGCAGUGCUCCGCCAGUUUGGUUGCCUGUGAUUCUGCUCUUCGCCUUGCCCACUCAGUAUACAUUCUUUAAAUAUUGCUGCGGUAAAGCUCCUUUUACGGGUCGUACCCUAGAUGCUUGCCUAUCUUGGGUCUAUAUACACAAGAACACUCCUUUCGGUUUAUGCUUUCUACUGGGUGGCGGUUUUGCUUUGGCCGAGGGCAGCAAAGUGAGUGGAAUGGCCAAAAUGUUGGGUGAUUCCAUGAAAUUCGUUUCGUCUAUGCCAGCAAUUGUGGUUCAAGCCAUUUGCAUUAUAAUGGGCUUAUUUUGUACGGCCUUUAGUUCAAAUGUGGCCAUCUGUAAUAUUCUCAUACCCAUUUUCUGUGAAAUGGCCUUGGCGGUUAAGAUGCAUCCAUUGCUAUUGACUUUGCCGCCGUCAUUGGCCAUCAGUAUGGCUUAUCAUUUGCCAGUUAGCACACCACCGAAUGCCAUUAUAUCAGGCUAUGCUGCGAUCAAGACAAAAUAUAUGGCCGUGGCGGGCAUACUUCCAACUUUUUGGGCUCUUGUCCUGUUGGUAUUGAAUACGGCCACUUGGGGAAAAUUAAUUUUUCCAGCUACCUCAGAAUUUCCAAAUUGGGCCUUUGCAAAUAAUACAGAAAGAGAUCUACCAUCGUACGACGAUUUGCAAUGAUCUAAUCUUAUUAAAUUUAAAAGAGAUAUAUCAUGAAAUCAUAAUGAUUUUUGUACAACAACCUAGUAAA